ACAGCAACCAGGCGGCCAGAGGCUCAAGGAAACUCUUCUUGAAUGGAUUCCCCAGACAUCCACGUCCUCGCAGAGGCAUCCGUCCCUUCUCCGCGUGUGAAACCCGCUCCACAAGCCUCUUCCAUCCACACACAAUUCUCCUACUCCCCUAGUGACGACGGAACAGACGAGAAUCUCCUUAUUCUUCUGCACGGGCUCGGUGAUACCAAUGUCCCUUUCACGCGCAUUGGGAGAUCACUCAAGCUCCCUCAAACAGCCACCCUCGCGCUCCGCGCACCCGAUCUUGUCCCCUUUCUGUACGAACAGGCUUUUCAGUGGUAUCCUUCCUUCGAUCAACUCGGUGACCUCAUCGAACGGCCAGACCCCAGUCCCGCACUCAAUCUUCUGAAGAAUGUCUUGGGCCAUUUGACGGGUGAAUGUGGGUGGCCUCCACAUCGCAUCCACUUGUUCGGAUUUGCACAAGGUGGAAGCGUUGCAGCCGAAGCAUGUCUGCAGUGGUGGCGUCGCGAGCUAGAACUUUCAUCACAGUCGCGCAUGACUAGCAACGAGACCCCCGUGCGGCCCUUAGGUUCGCUCGUCACCAUUUCUGGCCCGCUGCUCUCAUACCCAACGCUCUCGAAAUUAUGCGAGACACCUGUUCUUGUUUUUCGCCGCCCACGUGAGCUCAAGAACGGGGCACUAAAUUCAUUCAGGAAGGGUUUCUCUCGAGUAAAGGAUGUAGAGCGUGCGGGUGAGGGUAUGCCACGCGCAAGCCUAAGGGAGGAAUGGCAGCCAAUCUUGGAGUUCUGGAGUGAGGUGCUCGGAUGGCGCCCUGGGGAUGGUCUGUAUGAAGUUACGACGGGGACGUCGACUUAAGAACGAGCAAUUUUCAUAUAUCGCUUUUAAAAUAUUGAAGAUCCAACCUUUACGUCGUCUUGGGAAAGGUGACGGGAAUGUACAACCAUGUAUGAAUGCAUUGUGAUUUUUGAUAUAUUGGU